CCAAACGGUGUUGCAGAUCCCAUCCAUACAGUACAUUCCAUACGGUUCAUUCCAUACAUCCCGUACACCCCGUACAUCCCGUACAUCCCAUACAUCCCACACAUCCCGUCCACCAUGGCGAUCUUCGGUUCGAUCCGCCGCGGGAGCGACCAGCCCCGCCGCCGCGGAAGCAGCGGGAGGAGGAGCUCCCAGCUCCACUACUCGGGCGUCUCCAACGCCUACAACUCGGCCACCGGCUCUGGCAGCAGGCCCUCCCGAAACCGCAACAACGACACCGACGACCCAAAGCUCUACGGACCGGGCGUCCCCCUCUUCGACAAGUCCGUGAGGACCUCCUCGCGGUGGAUCCCCAGGCACGGGGCCUCGGGGGAGGACGCCGGCUGGGGCCCGGGACAGCCGCUGGCGGUCCCCCCCGCCCCGGAGGGGGGGCACCGGCCCCUGCCCCCGGCGCGCUUGCUUCCCAAGAACCCCCCCGAGGGGCGUUCCACCGGGCCCCCCCGGCCCAUCAUUGUCUUUCGAAAAAAGGCCGGGGGCGGCGACCGCGACUGCGGGGCCUCGGGGCUCUCCAGCCUCUCGACCGGGACCCCUUGCGGUGGGGCCUGGCCCGAUCCGGGCCUCGGGUGCAUCGAAACCGCGGAAAGGAGCUUUGGUGGCUUUUACGACCCUUCCGCCCGCGGGGGGGGCAUCGAGCGGGGCCCUUCCGGGGACACUGGUUCUUCCAGCACCGGGACCAGCACCAGCACCAGCACCAGCACCGGGACCAGCACAAGGACUCCCCCCAACGACACCACCGUCACCACCGCCACCACCGCCUGGAGCAGCGCCGAAACCAUCCUCGCGAGGGGCGCCGGCGCCGGCGGCGUCGUGGUGGACGUCAUCGUCAAUGGCCCCAAGGACACCAGCACGAGCAGCAGCAGGGUCCGGCACAUGGAUCGCAUCGUGCGGAUCCUCAAGCGCCUCGACCAGAGGGACGGGGUGGCGUCCGCGUCGAAGUCCGCGUCCGCCAGCGCAGCCGACGCCCGAACGAUCGCGAGCCUCGCCAGCCGGGAGGCCUCCACCCACCACCACGUCUUUGGGGACGACGACGACCCGGCUUCCGCCGAAGCAGCGAUCCCCCCGUCGCUGGUCGGCUCCUCCCCCCGCCGGGCACCCUCUCGGGCCGGCCCGGUCUCGGCGGCCAAGACCGGAAGCGGGCCCGGAAGCGGCUCCCCCACCUCGGUCGCCGACCCCUUCUUCGACCGCGCAACAGGCACCCUUGGGGCGUCCCUUUCGGCGGAAGCGGAAGCGCCCGCAAGCGGUUCCGGCUGCCACUCCUGCCUCGGCUCCCCGGCGGACCUCUCCAGGCACUUCUCCGAGUCCCUCACGGAGAUCCGGAGGGAGGUCGGGGCCCUGUGCUUCCAUCGUUCCGCCGCACCGGAACCAGACGACUCGCUCCUCCUGUCGAGGGAGGACGGGAGCGAAGGCAGUGGCAACGACAACGACAAUGGCGACGGCGGUGGAGGAGACUGGAUCGAGAUCGAAGCCCCUCCAAGGGAUCCCCCCCGGGCCCCCUAUCCGUAUCCCCCGGUGGCCUCGGCCGCCGCCGAUGCAAGGGCGGCGGUUGCGGCUGCGGUUCCCACCACCAGCACCGACGAGCACUACUUUCGGAGGACCCCGACGCAGGCCUCGAUAUGAGCGAGCGAGGGGUGGAACCCCACCAAGGCGCAGGAAAAAAGAUGCAACGCAACGCACCCCACAGCACAGCGAAGCACGUGGUGGGAGGAUGGGAGGGAUGGGCGGAAUCGGUCGUUGUCGUUGUUCGCAUAGCCUCGCCCCGGAAAGGGGAUCCUUCCCUCCGUCCGUCCACACCAAGCAUCGAAGCAAAGCACGUGGAACCGAACAAAACCACCCGGAGAUUGGCGUUCCCCCGCCACUAAAUGAUAAUGUGAUACUACAGUAAGAAAUAUGUUGAUAAGAAUUCAUUCAUGCAUGCAUUUCUGUUGUGUUACUGUCCGAAUCAAGUCAGUGACAAGACCGCGGGUUGGUUUCCUUAAAGAUGGAAGCAUGGAUUCGUUCCGGCGGUUCUAGGAGAUGCGGCAAAAAAGCAGACAAUAGAUACACGUUACAAAA